AUGGAUACCCAUUCCAAGGAUACGUCCGACUUUCUGUCGCGAGCAUAUGCUCUCAACAGUGUCUCAGCAGCCCAGACUCUCUACAACGAGUGGGCCGAGUCCUACGAUACAUAUCUGGAUCUUGAGGGUUAUGCCUUCCCCGAGCGCGCCGUCCAAGUUUUGCUGAAAGUUAUUCAGCGGGAGACUCUAGAUGAGUCUGUCAAGGUGCUAGAUGCUGGCUGCGGAACCGGCCGAGUUGGCGCAGUGCUUGCGCAAAAGGGAGCUCGCCAAAUCGACGGCAUUGAUCUCAGUCCAGGCAUGCUGGCCCAAGCAGAGAAGUCUCAUCAUUAUGCCUCCCUUCAAGAGGUUGACCUCACAAAAACGAUUCCAAAGCCCGACGAGUCUUAUGAUGUCGUCAUCUGUGUCGGCACCCUGACCCAAGGCCAUGUUGGACCCGCUGUGCUUGAUGAGUUUAUCAGAGUCGUCAAGGUCGGCGGCGUCGUAGUGGCAACCAUCCCCGACACCGUUUGGGAAGCGGCUGGAUUCAGCACAAAGAUCGACCAACUUCUCUAUGAUGGUCGGGUGGCGCUGCUGCGGUCUGACGCUGUAGGUAUCCUCAAAACCACCACUUCGGGGGCAAGAAUACUGGCCCUUGAGAGAAAAUAG